AAGCGUUGUAUAGGUAAAGGAUUGGCGAUAUGGUGGUAGAGUUGCUCGGCUGGCAAGAUAUAUGAGGGCGUACCUUACAUCUUAGUUAUUUUCGAGUUUAAUGCUACAUAGUCGUGCUCACUGCUAAAAUCCGAUUUCUGUCUACUUUUAUAUGUAUCAUCCAAAAUGUCAACCACAACAAUUACUGAAGCCGCGAAGCAGACGCUCGUUGUCACCCCAGAAAAUAAAAUUACUCCUGCCGCAGCAGAUGAAAAGUUUCAGGCCAUCGCGCGCGGCAAUCGCGAAGGUACACUCAAGCUCCAAGGCAUCCCAACCUUCACCGACCCCUACGAGCAGCGCAAAUGGGCGAAGGAGCAUAUGGCGGCUGCGUUUCGCUUCUUCGGAAAGCAGGGCUACGGAGAGGGGGUGUCUGGUCAUAUCUCGAUGAGAGACCCCGUCCUCAAGGACCAUUUCUGGAUGAACCCGUUCGCGAAGCAUUUCUCGACCAUCAAGGCUUCGGACCUGGUUCUGGUCGAUAGCGAGGGCUACGUGACGGAGAGAGGAGCGCAGCUUCCCAUCAACGAGGCGGGGUUCAUGAUUCACUCUGAGAUUCACAAGGCUCGUCCUGAUGUGGUGGCUGCGGCGCAUACACAUUCGAUUCAUGGAAAGACGUGGAGUGCAUUUGGGCGGCCCGUUGAAAUGCUCACUCAGGACGCCUGUAACUUCUACGGGAAGCUGAGCGUAUAUGAUGAUCAUGGUGGCAUUGCACUAGCCCAGGAAGAGGGCGAGCAGAUUGCAAAGGCUCUAGGCGAGAAGAAUAUCGCCUGUAUUCUGCAGAACCACGGUCUACUGACAGUUGGUCACACCGUCGAUGAAGCUGCAUUCCUGUUCUUCAGUUUGGAUAAUGCAUGUCGUUCGCAGUUGAUGGCUGAUGCCGCGGCUGCGAAUGGAGUCCCUAAGAAGAUUGUCAACCAUGAAGUGGCGCAGUAUACUGCUGACGCCGUUCAGAACCCACAUAAUUUUUAUACCGAGUUUCAGCCUGAGUUUGAGUUGAUUGUGGAGGAGAGCAAUGGCCGCGUUCUUCAGUAAUAGAGACUUGGCCCAAAUCCUGUAAUGAUCCUUUAGUCAUCAAUGUAGCAAUCAUACCCUAGUUUCAGGGCUUUGUUAUUAAAGUUCCCUUAAAUCGAAAAUCGAAAAUCGUCUACUGAGUGGGAGAAGUUGUCAUCUGAAUGCCUUCACAGCCUUGGG